AUGGCCGUUCGACGACUCCGGUACCGUGAUAUGUGCAUGUACCGUGCAUCUGCUAUCCAUACACACGGCCUCUUUCUUGAGGGAGGGCACGUCUGGCGGCGGGAGUGGAGCGGGGGGAGGGAUAUCUUCGAGAGACUGGGUUUGCGAUAA